GCGUCGGAUCCGGGUAAGAUCGGGAUCCGAUCCGCCGCCUGUUCUUCUUCUCCAGAUCCAGGAUCGUGGUGGCACGCGCCGGCCUUGCGCCCAAAUAUUUAUCCAAAUCCCUAAUAAGAAAUCUCUCAAAAGAGCGUUUUUUUAACUCUCAGAAUUCGACUACAUCUCCAAGAAAAAAGAAAAAGAAAAAUCAAGAUCGCGACUUUGAGUAAGAACAGCAAUCAUGAGGGGGAUUUUGCUCGUUAAAGUUGGGUGCUUGAUUUUAUUCUCAGCCCUCUCCCCUACGAAUUCUCUCGCCGAUGGGGUCACCCCUUCAGAGGCUAAGCAAUUGAGAGACGAGGUACGUGAGAUGUUUUAUCAUGCCUUUGAGGGAUAUAUGCAGCAUGCUUUUCCUCUCGAUGAACUGAGGCCUUUAACCUGCAAAGGGGAAGACACACUUGGUGGUUAUGCCUUAACUCUUAUCGAUGCCUUGGAUACAUUGGCCUUGCUAGGGGAUCGUGAAGGGUUUGGUGCAGCUGUUGAAUGGGUUGGUAAAAAUGUUCGGUUUGAUAUUGAUAAAACAGUUUCUCUUUUUGAAACGACAAUUCGGAUUCUUGGGGGUUUACUCUCUGCUCAUCUUAUUGCUAGUGAUUAUGCGACGGGCAUGAAGUUACCAUCUUAUGAUGAUGAAUUGCUUCAUUUAGCGGAGGAUUUGGCUCAGAGAUUGUUGCCUGCAUUUGACACUCCUACAGGAAUUCCAUAUGGCUCUGUAAAUUUAAUGCACGGAGUGGAUGAAAAUGAAAGCAAGAUAACAUCAACAGCUGGUGGUGGUACUUUAACAUUAGAAUUUGGGGUGCUGAGUCGUUUGACUAAUAAUCCCAUUUUUGAGGAAGUUACAAAAAAUGCAGUGCGCGGAAUUUGGGCCAGAAGGUCGAAUAUUAACCUUGUCGGGGCUCACAUCAAUAUUUUUACUGGUGAAUGGACACAAAAGGAUGCUGGAAUUGGUACUAGCAUCGACUCUUUCUAUGAGUAUCUUCUGAAGGCAUAUUUGCUGUUUGGAGAUGAGGAGUAUUUGUUCAUGUUCCGGGAAGCUUACAAGGCUGCCAUGCACUAUCUCCAUACUGAUCCUUGGUAUGUUGAGGUUAAUAUGUACUCAGCAGUUACAGUUUGGCCAUUAUUUAAUAGCUUGCAGGCCUUCUGGCCAGGGCUUCAGGUUCUAGCUGGUGACAUUGAUCCUGCUGUUCGGACACAUGCUGCCUUCUUUAGCGUUUGGAAGAAAUAUGGAUUUACUCCAGAGGGAUUCAAUCUUGCUACUUUCAAUGUUCAACAUGGUCAAAGGAGUUACCCACUACGUCCAGAGUUGAUUGAGAGCACGUAUUGGUUAUUCAAGGCUACCAGAGAUCCAAGGUAUCUUGAUGCUGGGAGAGACAUGCUGGCAAGCCUUCAGUAUGGUGCAAGAUGCCCAUGUGGUUAUUGCCAUAUUGCAGAUGUUGAGUCUCACAAACAGGAUGACCACAUGGAGAGCUUCUUCCUUGCUGAAACAGUCAAAUACCUCUGGCUUCUUUUUGAUUUGGCUGUAGGUCCAGACAACCUUGUUGAGAAUGGUCCCUAUAAGUAUAUAUUUAGCACAGAAGGUCACGUUUUACCUGCUACUCCGGAAAUAUCUCUAGUAAGUGACCACUGCUCAUAUUUAGGAGCAUUUUGCAAAAGUGAUAGAUGGAAAAAAGAUGGACACACAAAGAUCUUAUUUGACCAUCAUGAAACUAAUGACUCCCAACUCCAUGCGGAUCGAGGUGCAUCUAUUUCUUCCCAGAAAGCACGGGAUACUUUUACCGCCUCAAGUUUUAUUAAGGGGUUUUGCCCAGGUUUAACUCAUGGACAGAAAUUUGGUAUAUCAUACGUCGAAGAGAAGCAUGAAACUAAUGAACACGAAUCUACAAGUCCUCAAUCUCAAAAACAUUCUAUCAUUUUGAUAUCCAAUCCGACAACUAUCCAUUCCAUCAAUGCCGAUGAAAGCGAUGGUAGCAACAACAUCGAAGAAACUAAUGAAGAAUCGAGAGCCCUCGUGCCUAACACGGAUGAGAAAGAUGCCGAGGCUUUAAGUCAAGAAGGGAUACAACAGGAUAAAGAUUCAAGUUGAGCAGAAAAACUAUUUAUGGGCCUUCAUCUCAAAGAAGCAUUUCAUCUUGGAGCUCAUGUAGCCAUGGUGGAAUCAUCCAAAGAAAUGUUAAAUUAUCAUGAAAAGGGAAAGAUGUCAGUUGUUCACCUAUACUAACCCUUUUAUUCUGGCUGUGGGGGGGUGUAGGACUACACAAGGUAUACGCGUCAUUGUAAUAGGAACGAUGAAGUUACACAUGGGUGUUAAUAGUUCACAUUCAUCAGUUUGUAUAACUUGUAGGUUAUUGUUAAUGACCUUGGAGCAUCAUUUUUUAUGCUCCCUUUGUUUAGAUUAUUGUGGAACAAUAAAAGGCAGCGUGCAUGAUUCUUGGAA